AUGGCCUCUCGGCGGAUCACACGGGAGACGUUUGAUGCUGUAGUGCAGGACAAAGUUAAAAGGUAUCGCAUGGACCGGAGUGAUGCUGUAGACGACACGAUCCAUCAUUUUAAAGGUCAUGCAAGGCCCGUCCCAAGACCAAGGUACGAGGACAGUUUUCAUGAUGAUGGAAGAUACACUCAUGAAAACGCCCAGCACCAUCCACAUGAAGACUGGAAGGAAGACCCUAGAGAUGACUAUCCAGGACCUUCUUACAGAUCUGCUAGUCCUCUUAUAAGGAAAGAUAACUAUUACCAUGAACAAUAUGGCCACUCAGCAUCCCAUGACCGGGAAUUUGGCCACCCGGUGUCUCGUGACCGGAAGUACGGGCGUCCAGCCUCGCACGAUCGGGAGUAUGGGCACCCAGCUUUGCAUGACGGAGAGUACGGGCACCCAGCAUCUCGCGAUCGGGAGUACGGGCACCCGGCUUCGCACAACCGGGAGUACGGAUGUCCAACUUCCCACGACCGGGAGUAUGGGGGCCUGGCUUCUCAUGAUCAGGACUAUGGCCCUCCUGACUCUUGGGAAUCCACUGGACAACAUGAAACUGAUUUUAGUUCUUCAGAUAUUUUAGGUGAUUUUAGAUCGCCAGGACUCAUGGAGGAGGACUACGGCAACAUGGAAAAUCAGGAGUACGAUGUGGAUUUUGGAAUUCAGUCUGACAGCGAGUUCCGACCCCCGAUAUGGAGGGGCAGCAUUGGCAGGGGAAGAGUUCUGCGAGGAAAGCGUAUUACGAGGGGCGCUGUUAAAGCAAAAGUAUUCAAAGCAGAUAUCAAAACUCCUCUGAAGAAAUGGAACACUAAAAAACUGCAACCAAGCCCCGAUCAGAAGCCAGCUGUGCAACCGGAUCAGAUGCCAGAAGCUGCUGAACGACCUAACCAGAGGCCGGUGACCGUCCCACGCCCUAACCAGAAGUUGCCUCUGCGACCUAAUCCGAGGCCAGCUAUAACAACCCCGAGGCCUAUUCUCAGGCUUCCGAAGCCUGCCCAUGUUUUCAGAAAUCUCAGUUUUGACCUUGUGGACAAAUCUGAUAUUUUUUCAACAUUUGGAAUAGAAAUUAUUAAAUGGGCUGGGUUUCAUGCGAUAAAAAAUGAUGCAGAAUUUUCCCGACUCUUUGGAGCUCUCUUUGAGCUAGAGACAGAAACCUGUGCAAAAAUGCUUGCCUCAUUCAAAUGCUCCUUAAAGCCAGAACACAGAGAUUAUUGUUUUUUUACUAUCAAGAGUUUACAACAUGCCGCUCUGAAAACUCCGAAAGUGGACAAUGAGUUUUUAAAUAUGCUAUUGGACAAGGGUGCUGUGAAAACAAAGAACUGCUUCUUUGAAAUAAUAAAACCUUUUGAUAAAUACAUAAUGAGGCUACAAGAUCGCCUCCUAAAAGGUGUUACACCGCUGCUUAUGGCCUGCAAUGCUUAUGAAUUGAGCAUUAAGACAAGCGGUUUUGGGAAUCCAAGAGAAAUGGCAAGUGCUUUCGAGACCACUGUUUCUCUUUGUCGUAAGUCUUUAGCACUUCUGGGUCAGACCUUUGCGCUAGCAUCUGUUUUUAGGCAAGAGAAAAUACUUGAAGCUGUAGGGCUGCAGGAAAUGGCUCCAGCACCAACACUAUUCCCAAACUUCGAUGAUUCAACGUUGUUUGGAAGAGAGUACAUUGAAAACUUGAAGGCUUGGUUGGAGAAAAGUGGAUAUCCCAUUCAGAUGAAAAAACCUGAACCAGAGUCCACAGUACAGCUUAAAAAACCCUCUCCUGACACAAAAGUUAAAA